GGGGAAGGAAAGCUUGUCACUGUAAGACAAGACAACCGCAUGUAUCCAGUCUCACUCCAACGAGGGCAGCAGAGGAGACACCAUGAACGGGCUGAGAAGAUUUAGUCGCAAAACUGAAGGAAGGGCGGUCGUGUAUCGAGUGAAGCACCAGUACAAUCCCACGAACCAAGAUGAGCUCCGACUGGGAAUCGGAGAUGAGAUCACCGACAUCAAAGACGUCGGGAACGGCUGGGUGGUCGGAUACAACAAGACCACGGGGAACACUGGACUAUGUCCGAAAGAUUACCUGCAGAAAGGAAUCGCCGGAAGAGGCCAGAGUAGAGUUGACCGAUUCAGAAAUAGAGUAUCGACUAUCUACGUGAACUUGACACAGCAAAAUGCUUCAGGAAGUUACGAUUUUCACAUUCCUCCGCCUCCUACAGAUGUCCUUUCACCAGAAAACACAAAAGAAGACUCCAAGACGAAUUCUAAAAACUAUAUCUUGCCUAACACCCACACCCAUGGUCAAAAGUGCACUCGAGCAGUAAUUGGUAUAUUGGUGGGCUUGUUUCUUGGAUGCGUGAUGUUUGCAGCUCUUUCUCUUGCCUAUCGCUACUCCUUUGUAGAAAGUGCAGCAAUAUCAGGGGGUAUAACUCUGGUGAUGUGCGUCUUCCUGGUUAUCUCCCCUCAUGCCCGCUGCGUGGCAGCACUGAUGUCAGUGAGCGUGUUUACAGGUCAAGGUCGCACUGCCUUCCUUUCUCUGAUACCAGGGCUUCUCCUCGCCGGACCAGUGACGAACAUGCACAGGAACUUCAAUGAGGCAGCAACAUCUGUAGCAUGUAUAGCGGAAGUGGUCCUCAAUCAAAGUCUAGCUCUUCAUCAUCAGCUACUUGAACCAAUUGCUAAGCAACAGAGGAGCCUAGAUGAAGCGGCGGAAGUGGUUGAGAGGAAAACAUCCGCUGUCAGAUUGGCCUUGACAUCUUUCAGGUCGGAAAUCAAGGAUAUUGAAGAGACUGUAGUCGAUCCAAACUCGUCAAAGGGCUGUGCUGGUCAACUGCAGUUCAUGCACACAGACUGUGAGAGCGCGGUACAGGACUCCAUCGAGGUGUGCAAGGCCUCGGCAGGAACGCGGGCUCGACGCAACAGCGGCACACCAACGGGGCCCUACAACGACCCCAACUACGGCCAGGGGCAGCCCAAGCCAUUGCCAUUGAGCUUCGGGAGAAGAAAAUGCGACGCUUCACUGUGUGACUCUGUGAAGUCAAAGCCCAUCUGUGACCCACUAAAGGAAUCCAGUAUCUGCAAGUGGGCUAAUGACACCGUGAUCAAGUCUAGUGCCAGGACAGUCACAGAACGGUAUGACGAGAUGGACGAGCUCCUGAGUUUCAGCAUCAACAGCUCAAGCGUCAUUGACGUCAGGGGCAACAUCUCCAGCGACCCUAUCCAAAGAGUCCGGGAGCUGAAGAAGAGACUACAAGAACAGCUAGACCUUGUUGUCUUCAUCUUCAAAAUCCUCAACCGGAUCCUCGCCAUCUUCCUCCUCUCGACCUUCAUCAAAGCAUGCCUCUAUGUCAGGCGCUAUCUUCGCUACCUGAAAUUUGACAACAUCUAUCUUCGAGAUCAAAUUAAAUAUCUGGACAAGCAUAUUCGGGCUGAGGACAAAAGUAAAGCUCUUUUCCCACUGAAAGAUGUAGAGAAGAAGAAAUACAUUGAUUCGACUUCCAUGAAACUUUCCCGAUCUGAAUCUCUAACAUGGAUGAUGGGAUUUACCCAGGUGAUCCUGCACAUCUUUUUAUCCGCUAUGGUGAUUCUUGUUGAUUAUGGCUUGUAUUAUGUCCUCACAAUCCUUCAGAGAAACGGAGAUGUGGAUUUUCUCGUCACGGGUGGAGUGUGGUUACAGGUUAAUGUUAGCGGGUCCGGGCCUUUCGCUGACAUCUUUCGAACUGUUGUUGAAGGGAUCAGUGUUUCGAAAUCCUUUGAGGAUGUUCUGAACUUUAAAAGAUGUCUACCUUCUCCCACUGAGCAGCCGAGGAAGAUUCUCUACUUGAUUAUCUCCCUUUAUUCCCUGGUGUUGGUCUUCGUCCUCCUUCAAGCUUAUGGGCUGAGACUAAGACACAAAAUGGUGGCGUUCUUUUUUCCCGAGCGAGAGGCGGAACGAAUUCACUAUUUGUACAGACACAUUCUCAACAAGAGAAGACUCCGGGCUGCAGAGUCCAGGAAACUGAAUCUUCUGAAGGACCAGUGGAGUGUCAUUGGUUCAGAACAUUCCAACGAAAAGACUUCAACCUGUUGAAAAGCAGAUUUAUACUCAAGAACACUCAUACCGUAGUUGCUUAGUUGUUUGGUUCAGAACAUUCCAACGAAAAGACUUCAACCUGUUGAAAAGCAGAUUUAUACUCAAGAACACUCAUACCGUAGUUGCUUUUCCAUCAAUCUAAUGUACAAAUGGCUUUUACUCCGAAAGCUUGCAAAACACUUUGUAGUCAGUGAGAACGCAUCUUCCCGAGACAAGUGUAUCCACCAGCUUUCUAUGCUGGAAACAAGUCUUUGAUAAAAAGGCUAGUGGUCGCUCUUGCCUCGAGGUGAGACUUUGGAGUGUCUUGGGUUCUUGGGUUUGGAAUAUAUCUAGCAUGUAGCAAUGGAUCGUUACAUUGCCCUUCGUGGGACACUGUCCUAUGUUCCUGGCUGCUAAAAGCUACAAUAAACAAGUCAUAACUUAAGAUUAUAUACCCCAGCACACCUAUUACAUCUAGUGAUCUCUGAGAAAUAUGGUCCUUAGGGCGAACUAAAAAGAAAUGAAAGAAUUGUUGCAUCUAGGAUUGUUUUAAAGGAUGACAAGAGUUACUUCCCUUCCCAUAUUGAUAUUCUUUUGGAGAUUUGUAUUACUAUCAACAGACUGGACGAGAAGUGAAAAUACCCUCAAUAUAAUAUUUAUCAUCUUCAAAUUUAUGAAAUUUUAGUUCCCCAACCAAGGAAUACAGAACCGAAAUGAUGAAGUUAAUAAAAUACGGAAAAUAC